AGUAUCUAACCGCAGCAGAGAAAUGUGAAAUGUUAACAGAAGCAGAAAGCUAAAAGGGAGUUAACUUCUAAAGAAGUUUAGUCAAGAAGCAGAGAACAUCUCAGAGGAAAAUUUCAAGCCUUACGUUCUGCUAACAACAACCCUGCAAACAGGACGCCACCCAGCCCCGCACUGGCGAAGCCGCGUUCCGCAGAUGUCAACGCACCUGCGCUGCUCCGCCGCACGAAGCUCCAGCCCAUAAUAAGAAGAGGUCCGCAGAUCAUUUGGAAAGGGGUGAACAGGAGAUGCCACGGUCCUUCUUGGUGAAGAGUAAGAAGGCCCACUCACACCACCGGCAUCGCGCCGUGGACGAGGGUCUCCUCCUGCCGAAAUGGGAUCCGCCAACAGCAGGGCCCUGCUCUAGUGUUAUUUAUGGUAACGACGGCCCAGAGGAGAGCAAGCCCUUCACCACAGGUUACCCACCAUGCCCUGCUCCGAAGGAAGAAAAUGAACCCAAAGAGGGCAAGGACGAAAAAUCCCCUGCCCAGAAUAUGACCAGGAUAACAUCAGGACCACCGACCCCAGAGACACCCGUCCCAGCCCUGAAAACCAAAGAUGUCGGCAAUAUGGAGAGCGCUUCUCCCACUUUCUACAAGCCCAGUUUUGCAUGGGAUGCCUUGCACCCUCCGUACAGCUAUCGUCCCAUGUCUUCCGCCCUUGUGGAGCGCUCCUUCAGCCUGUACGGGACCCACCUGCUCCCGGCCUCAGAACCGCCUCUGGAUUACAGCAUGAGAUUCUCACCGGACAUGGAGACGUACCACUGCGUGAUAUGUAACAAAAUAUUUUCCACCCCCCACGGUCUGGAGGUCCACGUCCGAAGAUCGCACAGCGGCACACGGCCCUUCGCUUGCGAGGUUUGCGGCAAAACCUUUGGGCACGCCGUGAGUUUGGAGCAACACACCAACAUCCACUCUCAGGAGAAAAGCUUUGACUGCAAAAUGUGCGGCAAGUCGUUCAAGCGGUCCUCGACGCUGUCCACCCACCUCCUGAUCCACUCGGACACGCGGCCGUACCCUUGCCAGUACUGUGGGAAGCGUUUCCACCAGAAGUCAGACAUGAAGAAGCACACUUACAUCCAUACUGGAGAAAAGCCACACAAAUGCCAGGUCUGUGGCAAAGCUUUCAGCCAGAGCUCCAACCUCAUCACGCACAGCCGCAAGCACACCGGCUUCAAGCCGUUCAGUUGCGAGCUCUGUGGGAAAGGGUUCCAGCGCAAGGUGGAUUUGCGGCGUCACCGGGAGAGCCAGCAUAGCCUCAAGUGAGAGAGGACGGCCCCCGUCGCCGAGUUCAGCUAAUAAAGCAGGGGUGGGGGACCUGCGGCCCGCGGGCCAAAGGUGGGCCUUUACAAACCCCGCCCAC